AUGGCACACCAAGCGAAUAUUGUAUCACAAAUGCUUUUUAUCGCAGCCGAUGGUCUAUUCAAGCGAGAUGUUUUCCGCCUUCCGGAUCCUUUUGCUGUUGUUACUGUGGAUGGAGAUCAAACCCACACGACGACAGUCAUGAAAAAAACGCUAAACCCUUACUGGAAUGAAAGCUUUGAAGUCAAUGUUAUGAAUAAGAGUGUACUUGCGGUCCAAAUUUUUGAUCAGAAGAAGUUCAAGAGAAAGGAUCAGGGCUUCUUGGGAACGAUCAACAUUCAAAUGGGCGAUGUUUUCGAUGUGAACAUAGGCGGUGAUGAAAUGCUGACAACGGAACUGAAAAAGUCGGGGUCAAAUGAUGUAGUCGUCCAAGGAAAGCUCAUCAUCAACAUCUCGUCGAACAUUGGCAGCCAGGCCACUAACGAACGCUCUCUCCAGGCGCCAGCAGCCUCCCAUCAAAGGACGCCCUCCUCCGUCUCAGCAGUGCCAUCCAAUGGUGCAUCCACAUCAGCAAAUCGUAACAGUACUUUGCCAGCCACAUCUACCAAUGGGACUCCAAUCUCUAGUGCCCCUGUAGCCCCUGCUGUGGCUGCGAACGGAGGUCGCCAGCUGUCUCCAUAUGAAGACCAGCAUGGACCUCUUCCACCAAGCUGGGAGCGUCGCGUGGAUCAACUGGGUCGCACAUACUAUGUUAACCACAACAACCGUCAAACAACAUGGACUCGACCAACUCUGACAGACUCAACUCCCGAACGCAACCAGGAAGCUACAAAUCAGACAGAAUUGGAGAGACAGCGGCAUAACAAUCGUGCGCUUCCUGAUGAACGAUCCGGAGGCAGUUCGCCGUUGCCGGGUGCAGGGACUUCGACCACGUCGCUGGCUGAGAACAGCUCGAACACAUCGCCAGCUGCCACCACUACUACAGUUCCAGUAGCUACGAAUGGUACAGGACAUGCGCCUAUCAACUUAAAUUCGACUACCGCUGGCUCAGGGCCUUUACCUGCAGGAUGGGAACAGCGAUUAACGCCCGAGGGCCGACCGUAUUAUGUGGAUCAUAACACUCGAUCAACAACGUGGGUCGACCCUCGACGCCAGCAGUAUGUUCGCAUGGCCGACCCCCGCAGCUCGACUAACCAAGUGGCGGUGCACCAGCAGCCCGUGUCUCAAUUGGGUCCCCUGCCAUCAGGAUGGGAGAUGCGCCUCACAAAUACGGCGCGCGUGUACUUUGUUGACCAUAAUACGAAGACUACGACUUGGGAUGAUCCUCGCCUACCAAGUAGUUUGGACCAGAGCGUGCCUCAGUAUAAGCGAGACUUCCGCAGAAAGUUAAUUUACUUCAGAUCUCAGCCAGCACUUCGUCCUGUCCCUGGCCAGUGCCAUAUGAAGGUCCGCCGCUCCCAUAUCUUUGAGGACUCUUACCAUGAGAUCAUGCGUCACUCGCCGACAGACCUUAAAAAGAGGCUGAUGAUCAAGUUCGAAGGAGAAGAUGGUCUCGAUUAUGGCGGUCUUUCAAGAGAAUUCUUCUUCCUGCUCUCGCAUGAGAUGUUCAACCCGUUCUAUUGCCUGUUUGAGUACUCUGCCCACGACAACUAUACCCUUCAGAUCAACCCGCAUUCAAGCAUUAACUCAGAGCACCUGAACUACUUCAAGUUUAUUGGUCGCGUUGUCGGCCUUGCGAUUUUCCAUCGUCGUCUUUUAGAUGCCUUCUUUAUCGUCUCGUUCUAUAAGAUGAUUCUCAAGAAGAAGGUUACCCUUGCGGAUCUCGAAUCAGUGGACGCAGAUGUUUACCGUAACAUGAACUGGCUGCUGGAUGAUGACACGGCUGCAGAGACGCUGGACACGACCUUCUCGACCAACGAUGAGCGCUUCGGAGAGAUCGUGACGAUAGAUCUGAAGGAGAAUGGUAGCAAUAUUCCAGUAACGGAAGAGAACAAGAGAGAGUACGUUGACCUGAUGACAGAGUGGAGGAUCACUCGUCGUGUCGAGGAGCAGUUCAAGGCCUUUGCGGAGGGGUUCCAUCAACUCAUCCCUCAGGAACUAGUCACGGUAUUUGACGAGCGCGAACUGGAGCUGUUGAUGGGUGGCAUCUCUGAGAUUGACUGUGAUGACUGGAAGAAGCACACGGAUUAUCGUGGAUACACAGAACAGGAUGAAGUCGUGCAGUGGUUCUGGAAGUGCAUCCGGUCUUGGGACUCUGAGAAGAAAGCGCGUCUAUUGCAGUUCACGACAGGCACCUCGCGUAUUCCUGUCAACGGAUUCAAGGACCUGCAAGGAUCAGAUGGACCAAGGCGCUUCACUAUCGAGAAAUCUGGGGAGAUUGGGCAGCUGCCAAAGUCGCAUACAUGUUUCAACCGUAUCGAUCUGCCUCCGUACAAAUCUUAUGAUGUACUAGUCAACAAAUUGACAUUGGCCGUUGAAGAAACAGUUGGAUUUGGUCAAGAAUAA